AUGGGUGGUAAAAAGAAAAAGAUUAAUAAUAAUAAAACAAAGAAUACUAGUUCCACUUCUACUUCUGCCUCAACUAAACCAAAAGUUGAAAAAGAAAAGGUUACUGCUUCUAUGUCUCUUGAUUCAGUGGAUCUCCAAAAACAUGAAGCAUCCAUAAUGCAGCAAAUCGAAGAGAUUGAAGCUUUUACAAGAGUUGUGGACAUAUCUGGUAUUGACUAUGAGGAUAAGGCCGCUCUAAAAGAGUUUAAGGAAAAUCUUGUUCGACUAAAAGAGUUAAAGAGAUUAAUAGAGAAUCAAAAGUCAUUUAACGAUAUACAACAACGUAUUCAAAAGUUGUCAUUUGACCAACCACCAAUACAACUACCAAAAUCACAGUUAUUCCAACCAAAGCAAGAGCAACAGCAGCCAAAUGAUCAAAAACAACCGGCUGUUUUAAAUGAACAACAACAGCAACAACAACAAACAACAGAAGAUAAAUCAAUCAAUAAGGAAGCAAAAACAACAACAACCACAACAACAUCUACGAUAAACAACACUACCAACAACAACAGCAUUAAUAGCAAUAACCACAAUAAUAAAUGGAUUAUCGAUUGCAAGAAAGAUAUCAAUCAGAUAUGCUGGCCAAGUAUUACACGAUGUUAA